AUGCAGGAUUCUAUGGAAAUGGAUGAUCCAGAAAAUAUUGAUCCAGAAGAAUAUGUUCGACUACGAGAAGAAUAUGAAGAACAAUUAGAUUAUUUUAUGCUUAAAUAUUUACGCCGAGCAUGGCCUGCAUUGAUAGUAUGUAUACUUGGAAUCUUUCAACUGUGCAUUUCUUUGAUUAUACUUGGUGUUGAUUUACCGAUUGUACUUAUGUUUGCACCACGAUGGCAAGUCUUUGUAGCAUGUUGGACAUCUUUGUUUACGUUUAUUGCUUCUGUUAGUACCAUCCAUUCAGUUCGAAAAACUACUUGGUUGAAACUUAAAUGGACUGUAGCACUUAAUAUUAUUGGUGGAUUAGCUGCCGCUCUCAUGAUAGCUUUUGACGUACUUUAUCUAACAAAUUCAAAAGUUUGUCUUGUCAGUGGAGGCUGCAAAUAUUUAUCGUACACAUAUUCAGGAGCUAGAUCGUUUUAUGUAGGCGAAGUUGUCGUGGGCAUUUUUUUCUUCAUAUCAGUUUUCAUUUUUCUUGUUAUUUUCAUAAAAUAUGGUAUCGGUGGUUUAACACUUUUUGAGCAUAUUCAAAGAGGAUGGAUACCACCUGUUUUCAAUCCAAUCGUACCGUCUAAUGCUGGCGGAUCACUGAUAUCGAUGGGAUCUAAUCCAGUAACCGGACCUGGCGUCAUGGUGGGUAAACCAUCAACUCCUACUAACAUGUCACGAAAUUCAGCAUCAAGAUCUGCAAUGAUGAUGAGAGGACCCCCAGCAAAUCCUGGUGCUGUACCACGAUAUCCACCUCCACCACUGGGUGCUACGCAUGGGUAUCCACCACCGGGUGCUACGCAUGGGUAUCCACCACCGGGUGCUACGCAUGGGUAUCCACCACCGGGUGCUACGCAUGGGUAUCCACCACAACCUGGUCGAAUGAUGCCUAGAUAUUCCGGCCAAAUGAUGAUGCCUAGAUAUUCCGGCCAAAUGAUGAUGCCUGGUGAAAGACCUCCAAUGCCAGGACCCUAUAGACCACCACUUCAAUUUCCACCUGGCGUACGUCCUGUUCAACGUUGA